AGAGCAGUAUCUCAUUUCUGAACACCUGGAUUGUAGCUUUCCCUUGACUGUCAAAGGAGGUGGUUUUAAAAAUCAAGCCAAACAGGUUUCCAUCUUUUAGGAAGACCCUGGAACGUGCCAGUUGAUUCUGACCAUUCUCAUGAACAGAAACACCUAGGAAGGGAGAACUGGGAUUUAUUUAAUGGGGAUGUGUUCAAGGCAAGAGCGAAUUCAGAAGGAUAUCGACGUCGUGAUCCAGAAGUCCAGAGCUGAGAAGGACUGCCUGUUUGCAGAUUUCAGAUACUCUGACUCCACCUUUACUUUUACCUACGUUGGCGGCCCCAGAAGGUAGAAUUUCAUUCUUGUUGCCCAGGCCGGGUGCAAUAGCGCGAUCUCAGCUCACUGCAACCUCCGCCUCCCAGGUUCAAGUGAUUCUCCUGCCUCAGCCUUCUACUAGCUGGCAUUACAGGAAUUCAGAGCUUGCUCCAGGGAUGUGAGGACAAAAGAUGAGUAUGACUUUUAAAAGGAAUUCAGAACUUGCUCUAGAUUUUGCUUUCUUCUCAGGUCCACCUUCUUUCACUUUCACUUAUGCUUCUUGACAAUAUUUUCUGCCUGCUACAUGGUAUUUAUUAUGUACAGCACAUACUAACAGUACUCUGCAAUCUACUUAAGCUUUGCUCUUUCCACGUUUUUUUGGUACUACUCAUUAGAUCCUUGAGCCAAUCAUCCAUGUCUGUUUGUACUAGAUUGUUUCCCUUAGAACUCUGCAAGUCACAAAGUGAAACUGAUUAGGAUUUUACAGUCCUGGUGAUUUUCCUUCUGGUAUACCACUGAGAAAAUGCUGUCGCACAAGGGACUGAUGAAUCAUUUUGCAGGAUUUCUGUUUGCUAUUUUCUAUUUGAAAAAUUAGGUACGUUCACGAACAUGGGAAUGUCUCCUAAUAUCAUGAGGACAAUACGACCAUAAAAUAAAAUAAUCAGUGUUGGUUUGGGUCACAGAUAAAUGUAAUAUAUUGUACUUUUUAGCAAAUUGAGUUUCCCAGAGAACAUUCAUUCAUGUAAAUUUCACUCCUAUAAAUUUUAAUUGCUUGUAUUGGAAGCUGACUAAAAUUACUCAGCACCUGCUGUUAUGUGUCUGGCAUUGUCCUGGGGUCCUUGCACCUGUUAAGCCAUUAAAUCAUCACAGCAGGCUCUUAAGUGUAUCCUACUCAGUACAUGUAUCUGAAGAUUACCCAGAUAAUACAUAUGUGUCAAGUUCAGAGAAUGAUGAAGAUGUGCUAGUUACUACAGAGCCAAUACCAGUAAUUUUUCAUAGAAUAGCAACAGAAUUAAGAAAAACAAAUGACAUUAACUGUUGCUUAUCCAUAAAAUCCAAAUUACAAAAGGAAAAUGGGGAGGAGUCAAGACAGAAUAGUACAGUGGAGGAAGAUUCUGAAGGUGACAAUGAUUCCGAAGAAUUUUAUUACGGAGGGCAGGUGAACUAUGAUGGGGAACUGCACAAGCACCCACAACUGGAAGCUGAUUUGUCAGCAGUUAGAGAGAUAUAUGGGCCACAUGCAGUUUCUCUCAGGGAAUAUGGAGCCAUUGAUGAUGUAGAUAUUGAUCUGCAUAUCGAUGUUAGCUUUCUUGAUGAGGAGAUUGCUGUGGCUUGGGAAGUAAUUCGAACAGAACCUAUAAUUGUUCGACUACACUGUUCACUUACACAGUAUUUAAAUGGCCCAGUGCCCACUGUUGAUGUCUUUCAGAUUUCCACAAAAGAGCGAUUUGGAUUGGGACAUCAGCUGAAAAAAAUCAUGCAGACAUUUGUUACACAGCAGUGGAAACAGAGCAAAGAAAAAUCCAAUUGUCUGCACAAUAAAAAGUUGUCAGAGAAGAAAGUGAAGUCUCCCCUGCAUUUAUUUUCUACUUUGCGCAGGUCGCCAAGUUAUCCUCCCCCUGGUUGUGGCAAAAGCAAAUCCAAACUGAAAUCUGAGCAGGACGGAAUCUCCAAAACGCAUAAGCUGCUGCGGAGGACUUGUUCCAGCACAGUCAAGACUGAUGAUGUGUGUGUCACAAAGUCACACAGGACCUUUGGCCGCUCCUUGUCCAGCGAUCCCAGGGCGGAGCAGGCUAUGACAGCAAUUAAAUCGCACAAACUUUUGAACCGUCCUUGCCCUGCAGCUGUUAAGUCAGAGGAAUGCCUAACUCUAAAGUCGCAUAAACUAUUGACUCGAUCUUGUUCUGGAGAUCCACGAUGUGAGCACAACACAAACUUGAAGCCCCAUAAACUGUUAAGCAGGUCUUACUCUAGUAAUCUCAGAAUGGAAGAAUUGUAUGGACUGAAAAAUCACAAAUUGCUCAGCAAGUCCUACUCCAGUGCCCCCAAGUCAUCCAAAACUGAGCUUUUCAAGGAACCUAACGCAGAGGGCAGGAGGCUCUCUCUUACCUCAGGGCUUAUUGGUAUCCUAACACCAUCUUCAUCUUCAUCUUCUCAGCUUGCUCCAAAUGGUGCAAAAUGCAUUCCAGUACGAGACCGUGGCUUCCUGGUGCAGACAAUUGAGUUUGCUGAACAGCGGAUCCCUGUACUAAAUGAAUAUUGUGUGGUUUGUGAUGAGCCACAUGUGUUUCAAAAUGGCCCUAUGCUUAGGCCUACUGUAUGUGAACGGGAGCUGUGUGUGUUUGCUUUUCAAACCCUGGGAGUAAUGAAUGAAGCUGCUGAUGAAAUAGCAACUGGAGCUCAGGUGGUAGAUCUACUAGUAUCCAUGUGUAGGUCUGCGUUGGAAUCUCCUAGAAAAGUUGUGAUUUUCGAGCCAUAUCCUUCUGUGGUAGAUCCUAAUGAUCCUCAGAUGUUGGCCUUCAACCCCAGGAAAAAGAACUAUGAUCGAGUAAUGAAAGCACUGGAUAGCAUAACUUCUAUCAGAGAAAUGACACAAGCACCAUAUCUGGAAAUCAAGAAGCAAAUGGAUAAACAGGACCCCCUUGCUCAUCCCUUACUGCAAUGGGUUAUAUCAAGUAAUAGAUCACAUAUUGUGAAACUGCCAAUUAACAGGCAAUUGAAGUUUAUGCAUACUCCACAUCAGUUCCUUCUUCUCAGCAGUCCACCAGCCAAAGAAUCCAAUUUUAGAGCUGCUAAAAAACUCUUUGGAAGCACCUUUGCAUUUCAUGGCUCACACAUUGAAAACUGGCACUCCAUCCUGAGGAAUGGUCUGGUUGUUGCUUCUAAUACACGAUUGCAGCUCCAUGGUGCAAUGUAUGGAAGUGGAAUCUAUCUUAGUCCAAUGUCAAGCAUAUCAUUUGGUUACUCAGGGAUGAACAAGAAACAGAAGGUGUCAGCCAAGGACGAGCCAGCUUCAAGCAGUAAAAGCAGCAAUACAUCACAGUCACAGAAAAAAGGACAGCAAUCCCAAUUCCUGCAAAGCCGUAACUUAAAAUGCAUAGCCUUAUGUGAAGUGAUCACCUCAUCUGACCUGCACAAACAUGGAGAGAUAUGGGUUGUCCCCAAUACUGACCAUGUCUGCACACGAUUCUUUUUCGUCUAUGAAGACGGCCAAGUGGGAGAUGCAAAUAUUAAUACACAAGAAGGAGGCAUUCACAAAGAGAUCCUCCGAGUAAUUGGUAAUCAAACUGCUACUGGUUAAAGGACCACCAUUUAAUUAACAUGAUUCGAAAGCCUUCCUCGGGUUCAAAGCUGGAUUUUGAACUGAAGAAGAUUAUAAAAUUAUUUAUUGUUAUUAUAGACAAAAUUAACCCUUUGAAUACUGAUUUUUUUUCUUAGUAUUUCUAAGUAUCUCAUUAAAUACCUAAAAUGGUAUAAGAUUUAUCAAUUGUAGGGUUAUGGAAUCUAGUAAUAAAAUUUCAACAGCACUUAAACUGAAGUUUGGGUUGCUCACACAAUAAACAGAUUGAAAAAACUGUUUUGUGCUGAUAUUUUUAUACUAAACUCUUUAACUGGAUAUUUGGUAUUAUAUACCGACAUUUUAGGUUACCAAAAUAGAAUUGAGAACAUUUUAUAAUGGCAUCUAAAUCUAUCAGAUACUUUGCAAUAAGUAUACUGUUUGCACAUUCUGAUGUGCUAUAUCAUUAGUAGUAUGGGCAUUCUAAUGUUUUGGAAGGGGUGUUCCCUAUUCUAUUUUUCUUCAUAAAAAAAGAAGUAGGUCUUAGAAGCAGUGCUUUGCCAAAAAGUAUGUAAUAUACACAUCUAUACAUUCAUGCAUCAAAAUGUGUGGUUGUGAAUAUAUUUGUGUAUAUUCACACGUAUGUUUUGACAAGAAAGAUGGCUUAGCUUCACGAUUCUAUCCUCGUUUAAUGGAAAGAAGAUAAUAUUUAGUAAGCAAUAAAUUUGGACAUAAAUCAAGAUAUGAGCCAGAUUUACCACCAUUCAUUCACUGAAAAUAUUUGCAGACAAUUUUUCUGUUUGUCUGAAGAAAUUCAGCCAUUUUAAAAUGUUAUCUAAAAGUCAUAAUUUGGGGAACAUACAUGGCCUGGUAGACCGAAUCUAUAUUCAAAUGAUUAUGUAUUUAAAAGAAAGACCUCAGAAUUUAAAUAAACCAUAUAUAUUUUUUAUUUACUACAAAAAAAAUUAUACAAUUUUAUUUAUGCCACACCAGCAUUUUUAUAUUUGUCCAUCUAAUAUCUCUGCUUAUUUUUUUCAUAUUGAGAAAGAACACAAACUUUGAUGCUUCUUUUAUAUUAAAAGACCACAAAUAAGUUUAUAGAGAACAGUAACACCAGCUCUCAGCAUUUCCUUUUCAAGAGUCAUAAUUUCAUCAAAAUCAUUUCUUAUUCUUUGAGUCCUAGAGUUCUUAUUCAUCAAGUUUUAAUUGACAGUGUUUAUUUUCCCACAUGUUGUCUUUGGAAUAAGGCCAUUCAUGAAAGCAGUUUAAUUAGUGAGUCUGCCAGUCUGUUCAAACCCUGAAUCAAGGCUCUAUCUGAUUUUAAUUUAUGUAAAAAAAAAUAAAAAUGUAUAGUCAUUUGCAAGUA